GCAAUAUGGCGGAUGAGAAUGCCAAAAGUAAUGGAGAUAUUUCGUCUCAAAAACCUACUUGUACUUUCUUUAAGAAGGCAAAUAGGAAUCGAAAUGUGCGCAAAAGGAAAGCUGAAAAGUCAGACAGUGAAGAUGAAGAUGUUACAACGGUGAUUAGAAAGGAGAAAAAGCCGCUCUCUAACCCAAUGUUUCAGAAGACUGAUGGAUUUGAUUCGAAGUCCAGACGUGAACGUGAAGAGAUAGACGAUGACCUUGACGUUACGUUUAAAUCAACGCGUUCUGCAAUGCGAACUGGACCAGAGGAUCUUGGAGCCACAGCAACUGUGGAGAUUGAUACCGAAUUUGAUCGAGACGCACAGGCUUUGUUUGAGAAGAGUUUGAAAACAAAUCAAGAACUUAAAGGCCAGGAGAAAGAUGACAAACAGUACAGAGGAUUGAACAACUACAUGACAUUCUACGAAAAGAAGGGGAAUGCACAAGGAAAUGCUGCUAGUGGAAUGGUCAGACAAGGGCCUAUCAGGGCGCCAGCAAAUUUGCGUGCAACAAUUCGUUGGGAUUAUCAGCCAGAUAUAUGUAAAGAUUACAAGGAAACUGGUUUCUGUGGAUUUGGAGACAGCUGCAAAUUUUUGCAUGAUCGCAGUGACUACAAACAUGGCUGGCAACUUGAACGAGAAUGGAAAGAAGGAAAUUACAGCAAACAAGAUCCACAUCAGUAUGAAAUUGCAAGUGAUGAUGAUGAUGAUCUUCCAUUCGCCUGUUUUAUUUGUAGAGAAUCAUUCACAAGUCCAGUUGUUACCAAGUGUCAACACUACUUUUGUGAAGCAUGUGCUCUUAAACAUUACAAGAAAAGCAAAAGGUGUUAUGUUUGUGGUACACAGACUAAUGGUGUGUUCAAUCCUGCAAAAGAGCUUAUAAAGAAAUUAAAAACCAUGAGAGAUGAUGAAAAGGAAAAAGAACAAGAGGGUGAUGAUGAUUAGGAAGGAGAAGGAAGAAGGCAAUUGUUUGGGCUUGUUCUCAAAAUCAGUUAUUUGAUGUUUCUUCUAUAGGAAACAAAGCCUCUUUGAUUUACCCCCCUUAAAUCUGAAGAGCUGUUGACACACUUGGGGAUUUUGCUCACCAAUCAUGGCAAAUAUGAGGGCUGGCAAAAAUAGCCAACCUCAUGCCAGAUGUCAGCAAUUUCAUACGCCAAUUGCAAGAGGUCAGCAAAAAGUGCAAUUACUGCACCUGACACACCUGGUGAUUUUUUCACCAAUCAGCGCAUAAAAUUACUGAGUGUGAUGCCAGCUUUAGAGUGACUAAUAUCUUAUUUCUCCUUAUAGUAUUACUGUUAAAUCAAAUAUCAAGGGAUUGAAGAUAAAAGAAAUGAUCACCCACCAAAGAACCUCUUGAUUGUGAAAUAAAUUCUCCUGUUCAGUACCACAAGUAAUAUUUGUUAUCUCUGUAGCUAUAGAUCUUCUCUCUACCACUGGAUGACUGUAUUAUAAUGUAUUAUAUUUUCACCCUUAAGCUUCCAGAAGUGAUUAACUUGUUACUUCU